CGGCCACCAGGAAAGCGGCCGAUUGGACGAGCGAUGCAAGUUGGUCGCUUGAUCAAAAGAAAGUCACGGGCCCCCAGCGCCUCCUUCCCAAGGUGAACCGGAUUGACCCGCUGGCGCCCGUGCCUGACUUGGAGGACGACGACGCCAAGCGUGGCGUGCUCAACCUCGUCAACCGCGGGUUCAUUCCGACAUCCGCCGACAUCUCGCUCGCCUUCACGCACGGCGAUGGCAUCAUGCAGAACAGCAAAUUGCGUCUCUACGACCGGUCCGAGCAGCCUGUCAAGUCGCAGCCCUACAUGAACUCGUCGGGCUUCAACGUAGCGUCGCUAAAGCUUGAUCUGGCGCCGCCCCCGACCGAGCCCGACGCGGUGCCGCCGACACGGCCGGCAGUUGCUCGGAAAAGAAAAUCGACCGUCGCCACUGUCCAGCUCUCGUUCCCAGGGGCGAAGGACGAAUUGGUCGAUGCAGUGCCAGUUGAAGACCCCGCGACAGACGACGGCCCGAUCGAGCCCACCGACACGAUUGACGAGUUGCGCAACAACGUCGAGAAGAUUCGCGGCUACAACGACCUCCUCGACACCUACAGCCUGCAUCAGUUUAUCAUUCGGAAGGGCCAAACGCUUUCCGAGACGCCGGAAUUCAUCUCGUUCAAGCGCAUCACUGAAGACCUUUGGGGCAGCGUCUCGAUGGCGAUCCGCGAGCUCGAGACGCUCUUGGUCCACUACUCGGUGCCGCUCGCCUACAUUGAUGGUCAAAAGCUGCUCAAAAUCGCAGCCAUGGACGCGGUGUCACGCUCCAAGUCGGAGCUGCUCACAUGUGUGCUCAACGUCGACGAGGUUACGACCUUUAUGGCGCGGCCAGGCCAGCGCUUCAAGGGCGGGGAUGGCCGGCACGCGGCGGCGAUCGUCAUCCAGUCGGUCUACCGCAUGCAUCGCACGCGGCGGCUGCUGCGGCAGCACCACGGGCACUCGUACGCGACGCACAUUCAGCGCGUGUAUCGAACGUACAAGUGCGUCAAAGACAUCCAAGUCAAGCUACGACUGGCGCGCGAGGCCGACGCCCGCACAUGGGAGACGCAAAUGACCACGUUCCACGCCAACUGGGACAAGAUCAAAAUGCAACGGCGGGUCGUCGUCCACGUGCCGUCCUUCUCGGCCGAAGAGCGCGCGCGGCUCAACAUGGACAACUUUGCGAUUCGUCAGAAUCUGCAGAUGGCGCGUCUCUGCGCGAUCGCGGAUCCCAACGUCGACGUCAUCUACAUCUCGCCGUUCGAGCUCUCGGUCGACAUUCAAAAGUACAUGAUGCGCCUGCUGCAGCUGGGCGGCGUCGCGGACCCGCACUCGCGCGUCCGGAUGCUGCACCCGGAGAACGCCGAGCGCUUCCCCGAGCACUUUUCGCUGGCGACGAUCCUCCUCUACUCGCCGCACUGUCUCAAGAAGAUCAAACGCUACGUCCGCGGCAAGGAGGCGUACAUCGUCGCAGGCACGGUGGGUCCCGAAGACAAGCGGCUCGCGAUCCGACUGCAGCUGCCGCUGCUGGGCAUGGACCCGGACCGCGCUUUGCUCUACGGCACACGCUCGGGUGCGAAGCGGCUUUUUACGCAAGCCGACGUCAACAUUCCGUACGGCGCCCACGACAUUUACGACGAAGACGAGCUGAUUCUGAGCUUGGCCAAGCUCACGGCCGCCAACUUGCACCAAGGCAUGUGGCUCAUCAAGCUGGAUGCGGACCCGUCCGACACGGGCUUGGCGGCCAUCGACAUGCACGCGCUCGAGUGCGUCAACAAAGUCCGCGCCGAGAAGCGCGCGAUGAAGAACGACGAGUACUACAGCCAGCCAAACAUCAAAGAAGGGAUCGUGCGGGCGAUCGUCGCCGAACUCAGCGAGCAAUUUCACCGACUCAUUUCGCCCUGUUUUCCCGACGUCUACCCGACGUGGCAGCACAUGCGUCCCGUGGUCAACCGCAUCGGCGCCGUCAUCGAAGCGUACCCCCCCAAGGUCCUUGCGCGCGUUCGCGCCAACGUCUUCAUCGAACCGUCCGGCGGCGUGCACGUGACGUCGGCGCAGGAGCAGUUGAUGCACGUCAAGAACAAGCACCAAAGCGUCGGCGCCGUGUACCCGCCAACGGCCGUGCCCUACGCAGCGAUCCGCGGCGCGUCGUUGGCGGUCGCGCAAGCCAUGUACGCGAGCGGCAUCAUUGGCUACGCGAGCAUCGACUAUGUGGCGUUUCUCGACGUCAAGACGGUCAACGGGAAGGCGGGGCCGCCGCACUUGCGGCUCUGGGCCCUCCAGCUCUUGCCGUGCCUCACGCCGACGGCCAUGUCCUUCGUGCUCUUCACCUUUUUGUCGUGCGCGACGCUGGACGCGGCGACGGGCCGCAGUUUCCUCCCGCUGCCCGCACCGCGUCCGUCGUCGCUUGCGGGCCCGCCAGCAACCGAGACGCAGUUGGCGGUCGAAAAAAUCUUGGGCGAGAGUUCGCCUGCCGCGACGAUGGGGGCCGAGCGCGCCUACAUUGCGCACGAGUACAUCUUCCACCCGAACAUGGCCACGCUCCAGUACGCCGUCUUCUUCAACAUGUGCCGCGUGCACGGCGUGAGCUUUGACCUGCAGAAAUCGAUUGGCGCCGCGUUCGUGUUGGCCGACAGCCUCACGGCCGGCGUCGUCGGGCUUCUCUGCAUCGGCGAGUCGGACAAGGAGGCGGUGCGCUUGACCCGGGCCGCGCUUGAGCUCAUUGGCGACCAAGUCGGCGUGCAGCCUGCACCGGACGCGCUCACGGGCGAGCGGCUUGGUAACUUUGCUGCCGUCCUCGGUGCGAUCCGAUUGCGCCACGACGACAUGGUCAAGCGAGCGAAGAAGGCGCGGUCCAACACGUCUGCGUGCUUGGUGUAGUCUAACAAAUUGGGUUCUAUUAUUUACGCG